CAGUUCUCCGAGCACACCUGACAGACUCGAAGACGGUUUUAGAUCGACUAAACCAUGAGGGCUUCUUUCAACACGACAAACUGGAGAAUACACUGUGGAUUUUAAAUUGUAAUAAACUCCGUGAUUUUUUGUUACGUGGACUUUAGGACUGCAGUUUUACACCGGAAGAAAAUAAAUACAUUUAAAAAAAAAAAAAAACUCUAAACUGCUACUAUGGAGUCUAAUAAAAAGCAGUUGACGCUUCAGCUGUUGAUGGCUGUUGGGACUGCUGUGAUCGGCUCCUUGCAGUUUGGCUACAACACUGGAGUCAUCAAUGCCCCUCAGAAGAUCAUUGAGUCUUUCUACAAUGAGACAUGGUAUGAGAGGUACUCUGAGUACAUCCCGCCAGGCUCUCUAACUGCACUCUGGUCCAUAUCAGUGGCCAUUUUCUCUGUGGGUGGUAUUUUCGGCUCCUUCUCGGUUGGACUCUUUGUAAACCGUUUUGGCAGGAGGAACUCAAUGCUCAUUGUUAAUGUUCUGGCCUUCACCUCUGCUGCUUUAAUGGGCUUUUCCAAGCUGGCUGAAUCCUGGGAGAUGCUUAUUAUCGGCCGCUUCAUUAUAGGCCUUUACUCUGGCCUGUCCACAGGCUUUGUACCAAUGUAUGUAGGAGAAAUCGCCCCAACUUCUUUGCGUGGGGCACUGGGCACACUUCACCAGCUUGGCAUUGUCGUUGGGAUCCUCAUAGCACAGAUCUUUGGGAUUAAAGAAAUCAUGGGGAACCCUACAUUGUGGCCCUUCUUACUUGGGUUUACUUUCAUCCCAGCCGUAAUCCAGUGUGCCUUGCUGCCCUUCUGCCCCGAGAGCCCUCGCUACCUCCUCAUUAACCAGAACGAGGAGGCUAAAGCCAAGAGUGUGCUGAAGAAGCUCCGUGGCACUGAAGACGUGGCUGCAGACAUGCAGGAGAUGAGGGACGAGAGCAGACAGAUGAUGAGGGAGAAGACAGUCACCAUCCCUGAGCUCUUCCGCUCAUCCCUCUACCGCCAGCCCAUCUUCAUUGCCAUCAUGCUACAGCUCUCCCAGCAGUUCUCCGGUAUCAAUGCUGUUUUUUAUUACUCCACUGGUAUAUUUGAGAAAGCAGGGGUGUCUGAGCCUGUCUAUGCCACCAUUGGUGCUGGAGUUGUGAACACAGCAUUCACAGUUGUAUCGCUGUUCAUAGUGGAGCGAGCCGGUCGAAGAUCACUACAUCUUGUUGGGCUGAUGGGAAUGGCUGUGUCUUCUGUUCUCAUGACCAUAGCUAUGGCGCUACUAGAUCAAGUUAAAUGGAUGUCAUAUGUCAGCAUCGUCGCCAUCUUCAGUUUUGUGGCAUUUUUCGAGAUCGGACCAGGUCCAAUCCCGUGGUUCAUUGUGGCUGAACUCUUCAGUCAAGGCCCCCGACCUUCUGCCAUCGCCGUUGCUGGUUUCUCUAACUGGUUUGCCAACUUCUUGGUGGGAAUGUGCUUCCAGUAUGUUGAGGAACUGACAGGGCCGUACGUUUUCAUCAUCUUCACUGUCCUUCUUCUGAUAUUCUUCGUCUUCACCUACUUCAAAGUUCCUGAGACCAAAGGGCGGACAUUUGAAGAGAUCUCUGCGAGCUUCCGCUCAGGGUCAGAGAAGUAUACCCGAGAUGAUCUGAACACAUUGGGGGCAGAUUCCCAGCUCUGAGCUCAGUGCCACGUUUAUACAGUAAUGUAGUGAGUGUCCUCGGCUAUAGUACAGUGGGUAUGUUCACAAUGGCAAACUACCAUAUAACUCCUACUAGGAAUGCUGUAGGUUAUGCAGUGUUUACUAUGCACUAGUGUUGUCACCAUACUGGAAUUUCCAAAUUUGAUAUUCAAUGACAUUUUUUUUUUUUAUACCGCUGUGCAAAACCGGCGCAACGUUAAGAUUUCUAUUAGACUCGAUUAUUAAGAAGUACCUUUCAUGCAGCUCUAAUUGAAUGAAAACAUCCUGCAAAGGUUUAAACUAAAAGUGGAUCGCAUAUAAAAUUAUCGUCUCUCAAAAGAUAGAGUGAACGAAUCCCAAGCCGUUUCAUGUUGAUGUCGAAAUAAACAUUUGCAUGUUUCCCGUCAACUUGUUGAGAAAACCACUCAGACCAAUCUCAGAAGAUUAGCGUCACGGAAAGGAGGGGUUUAGAAAGAUUUAGCAUUGAGAGAAUCAGUAAGCAAGAAAGAGUUUCUGACCUUGCACGUCUGUCAAUCUGUUAAUUUAUCUAAGCCAUAAUAAGGGCACCUUAAAAGAUAAAAAUCACAAGGUUACAACUUUCCAAUGAGGAAUAUUUUUAUAACGUCUUGAGGUGGAAAAACACUGGAGAAAAACUUAACGACACUGGAGAAAAGCUUAUGGAUUUUCAUGUUUACGUCAAAUGCUUUUUAAAGAGAAGUGUCAUUUUUAUUAUUUUAUUACCCAGAAGAGUGGUGUGACCAUUAUGGAGCAUAAUGAGCACUAUAAACAACAUUUAUCAUUUACUACAAUUUAGAAUAAUGUAAAAUAAUAUUUUCUGCCUAGUUCUGUGAUAAGAAGCCAAAUCACAAAAGGAUGUUUCAGAUAUUUCAGUAUCGAUAUGUAACAAAAAACUAUUUUUGACAACACUAGUAUGCAGAUUUUCUGAUUGCAUUGAAUACCUUUAUGACUUAUGACUACAUUUGCCAAACUGUGCAAUAUUUGACCAGUACACUGCUUCUCAAUAAUUACUCAUUAUUUCACUGGACUUACAAAAGUGUGAAUAUUUGUAUACAAAAUUGUAUUACACAUUGCAAAAUUGCUAUAUUUAUUUCUGAGGCCGUAACGGACACUUCUGUCUAACGUAAAAUGUUACACUGUUAAGGCAGUGUACCGUACAACAGUUUAAAACUUUGUUUGCAUACUGCAGACUGCUUUUAGGUGUACUACAUACUGCGCUAUUAUUUUUUGUACAUACUAUAUUGAAACAAUAAUAUAUAGUAUACGGUAUGGUGUAGCAUGCAGUAUGCAGUAUUUUUUGUAAUCCAUUCUGAACGUUCCCACUGUCUUACUUUAGAUACACUACAAACAAACUGCUUUUCUCCUCACACAUACUGUUUUGUUAAUCGUUUGUUUUCUCAUCAAUGGAUCUAAAAAUAAGAUUAUUGUACAUUUGUGUAUUAUUAGGUCUUCUGAAUGAUUCAGUUCGCACAAUUCAACCUCAAAUAAUUGUUUUUUAGACUAGCACUUUUAACAGUUUUAACAUUUUUUUUGCUAUUGUCCAGUCAACAAAUGAUGAGUUCUGAUAUAAUAUGUCUCCUGUUGUUAUAUCAAGUAUAAUGAUGUCAGAAAUGAUUAUGGUGUCAGAUUAUAAUAUAUGUUUAUCAAUACUUGAACUGUAGCUUUACCAAGGAGUGGAAGAUCUUUCUCAAAAUUAAUUAAUAAGAAGAAUACAAGCUCAAAUCCAUUAUUUAAAAUUAUACAGCAGUCCUUCUGCUUUUCAGAAGUUUGAAUUAGGGUCUCCAAUACGGUGAGGUUUAAUAUCUUUCCAAACUGGACCAAGCUUAUGACUUUCAGCAGAUUAACACAACUAAUAUGAAUAAAAUUCAAUUUUAGAUUUGUGCAUAAUGUUUAAUGUGUGUGUGAUGAUGAAUUUAGUAUAUUGUUCAUUUUGCAAAAGUGCAAUAAUUGUUCACGUCCUGUUUAUUUAUUCCACAUAUUUCUAGGCAUUAUGAAUGAAAAAGGCUUCUAAUAUUUCCUAUGUAAAAAAAAAUGUAUUUUUAUGUAUAAGUGUUUUCACUUCACUGUAAAAACAAUUUAGAACUCCCAAUUUUUUUCUAGUGGGCCAAUGGAAAAAUUUAGAUGCAACGGGUCACUAGAAAAAUUUGAUUUGCGGAGGUCUGAAAUUUUUUACAGUGUUGGCAUAGACUGAAAUGGACGCAUUCAUCCAGAGGAUGUAAAUAAGUUCAGGUUUACUGAAGCAUAUUUUUUUUACUAGAUGUGCUUAGUAUUUUGAAUUUUUUUUUUGAAAAUUUUUUUUACUUCCUACAUGAUGAGAUAUGGUUUUGUUCAGUAUGUCUAGGAAAAAUGUGCCAAGGGUGUAUUACUUUUUCUAAAUAAUCAAUUAAUAGUUGCAAAUAAAUCAAAUAAACAAAACUGCAACAGAG